CAAGCGAAAGUGAGGGUUUAUCAGAAGGGAAGAAAGAAGCGAGAGUGGAGCAAAGAGACAGCAACUUUUUUGUAGGGGCAAGAACAGAUGAAGGAGGAGGAAGUGGAGAGGCUGAGGGGAUUGGCUCAGGCCCUCUUCCUUGGGCACCAGUACCGCCGCGCCCUCCACCUACUCAACUCCUCUUCCAUCGUCCUUCGCGACCUGCGCUUCCGCUACCUUGCCGCCAAGUGCCUCGAGGAGCUGAAAGAAUGGCACCAGUGCUUGACGAUGCUUGGCGAUGCUAAAGUGGAUGAGCACGGAAACGUUAAUAGCCCGAAGGAUUGCAGUCCUAUGUACUUGGACAAGGACGGAGAGGAUCAUGAAAUCAACGUAAGAGUCUUGUUUAUUGUUCAUCGCGGAAUUUAAGCACAGUAAUCUCCCAAUUGCUGUUGGGGGUUUGUGAUGGUAACACCUUUAUAGUUUUGUGCUUUAAGAAAAAAAUAGACCUUUAGUGGUUAUACCGCUAUUAAUCAAGGUUGCCAUUUUUUUCAUUAAAUUUAGAAGUUUUCUGCAAAAACUUACGUAUAUCUAUCAGUCCAUCUGUCUCCAUUGUAAGCAAUUUAAAAUUAUUGCAAAAAUGCUUUAAUUGCAACAAUCUUUUAGUUGUCUCUAGUUAAAGCACGAUAAAAUUUGUUGGAUUAGCACUGGAGGUCAUUGCAACAAUGUUUUAUAUGAAUCCUGCUUAAACAUAAUAAAUUAGUUGUUUUUAGCUACAAAAUUGAGGUUAUAAGCUUUCCUAAGUUGCUAAUAUAAAUUGAAGUCACAUAUAAUGUGAAGCUAGGCUUUAAGCUUGAUUUCUCAAUAUAAAUGCCACACAAAAUUGGAUCAACUAUUUAUGUGAUGCAUGAGGAUUAAGUAUAUUGGGGUUGCAAAUGCAUCAUUGGAUGGAUGCAUGAUGAAAACAUACAUAAAAAUCACAAUGCAC